AUUGGGCAAUGGUUCUGUAGUUGGAAUUUGGUUUUCUUGUGUAUUGCUGAUCUCUAGAAGUCUAGAUAGUUAAUGCACAUGAAAUGCUUCUGACUGGGGCGAUGCAUAACCCAAUUAUUGGCUUAUUGCCAUCACAAAUUACUAAGAAAAAAAUAUUUCUGACCCACUUCUAGAAACUGUUGAGGUGUGGUUUGAACAGUGACACAUCUUUGGAGGAUCUUAUCUGCAAAGGUUGUUGGCUUCAUUGCUUUGAAGAUUUCAUGAAUGCUCUUUAUAGGCUUGCAUGACGUAUACUGGUCUAAGUACUUGUUUCAUCUGACCUUUCUAGGAAACUGUUAUGAUGUUUUAAACGAUUGCUUGGUAUUAAAAUGGACAACCUUGAAUGCACGGUUGGAGAAGAUAGCUUAAAUUUGCAGUGCAACCUCUGUGACUCAGAGGUAGUGCAUUCCAUGACAGAAAUCCUGCUUCGUGGAUUGGCCACUGCCUCAGUUGACAGCACUACUGGUGAUAUCUUCAAGAACCCAUCGUCUGUAGCUGUUGGCAUGAAGGCUGAGCUAGCAGAAUAUUUGAUUCAGAGAUCCACGAUGCUUGUUGGUGAGGCUGUGGAUGGAGGUGAGGAUCACUCAGAAGAAUUAAUAAAAGCAUCCAGUGCGCCGACGGAAUUCCUGUCAGACUUGAUCGAUGGUUUUGUAGCACCAAAAAGAAACUUGUUGAGCCAUGUAUCUGGGUUUUUGUCUAGCGAAAGCCGCUUGAACAAAAUUAAAGACUUCAUACAUAAGAUGGAGGCAGAGGACUGCUGGGCACUGGAUGGAAGAGAGUCUACUGCAGGGACCAUUCUGAAGAGCAUAGACAUGAAAUGCACUUUCCAUUGCCCUGAGAGAUUUGACACACAAGAUAAGCUAGCUAAACACAGAAGUAUGUGUAGAUUUAGGAUAGUAAACUGCCAAAAUGAUGGAUGUAUAGCUUCCUUUUCUGCUAAUCACAUUGAGAGGCAUGACUCUGUCUGCCUGUUUAAGGCCCUACCAUGUGAGCAGUUGUGCGAGCAGCAUGUUAUGCGGUGUGAGAUGGACAUGCACUGUGCAUCAGUUUGCCCUAUGAAGCUUGUUAAUUGCCCUUUUUACCAGGUUGGCUGUGAAACAGCUUUUCCGCAGUGUGUUCUUAAUAAGCAUUGUUCAGAGCUCCUUCAGACCCAUCUUCUGUAUAUUCUCCAACUGACUACAAGACAGGAGGCUUCUGUUAAUGAUAUGAAUCAACGGUUACACCUCCUUGAGAAGGCCCAGUCACUGAAUGAGCUAUCUGGGGCUUUAGAUGUCAGGACCCUUACUCUGACAACAAAGGAGCAAGAAGCAAAGAUUAAGCAACUUGAACGGGAUCUCAAAGUGCAAGAGGCCAAGCUGAAGAAACUUGAGAACGAGUUUAAGUUAGGGAAAGUGUGACUGUGGGAUGUCGUGAUUACAGUGUUAGUACCGUUCAUUGGUCAAACUAGGGUGGUAUAUGUUAGUUGCUGUAAAUAAUAACUAGCACUUCCAUACAGUUCACCAUACUUUUGGCUGUUCAUGUACAAUAAGAAGAUAUGGUUUAGAAAAAUCAGCUUCUCUUGAAUUCGCUUGUUAGUUUGAGGUAACAGUGUUUGAUCUUUCCUAUAUCAUGCAGUAAGUACAUAUAAAUUGUGGAGAUGAAGUGCAUUUGGAUCAUCUGCCAUCUCCUUCAA